CCUCAGAUGCGUAACUGUUAACUCCCCAUCUCCUCCCAAAUCCUAAUUCCCUAUCCGAUCUAGGGUUUUCCCGUCUGAGAUUGAAUGGGGAUAGUAAUCGAGACCUUCGUUUGGGAACCAAGUUCCUCCGUGUUCAUUUUCAUUUUCAUUUCUUGUUUCCUCUCACUUUCUCUCUUCCCUUUCUAUAUCUCGAAACACGCUCCGACCAAGUCUCCUCCUUUCUCCGAUCACCCAUCCUCCUCCUCCCCUUCUCUUCGCUUUCCAAUUCACUUUCUCUUUCUCUAUUCCCUCGCUUCAGUGUUGGAAGGAUUAUGGUCGGUGUACGGAGAGUUUGAGCUGCUUUACCAUGGAAUAGGCAAGGAAGAUACGGUGACGUUUUUGCUUAUUGGAUUUGGAGUUGCUCUUUUCGUUGGUAGUUUCUUUGGUCUUAUAUCUGAUUUAAUAGGUCGAAAGAAAAUGUGUUUGGUGUUUUUUAUCUUGCACCUUAUUGUUGGGAUAUGGAAGAUGAUUGCAUCAAGUCCUAGCUUUUGUAUAGCAAAUGUAUGUUUUUCUUUGGCAACAUCAAUAUUUGCCUUCAGUUUCGAGACAUGGGCUGUUGUUGAACAUGACAAGCCGGGUCAUAGGCAAGAUGUUUUGAACGAAACAUUUUGGUUGAUGAUUUUUUUCGAGUCUGCAUCUUUAAUUGGAAGUCAGGCGAUUGGUAAUUGGAUGGUGGGUGGUAAUUUGGAGAAAGGGAUUGGAUCUCCUUCCAUUGCAGCCACCUUACUGGCAAUAGUGGGCAUCAUCUGUAUGUACAGAGAUCAUGAUGGAACUCCAAAGACAAUGACAUUUAAGGAUUACCGGAUGUCCUUUUAUGCAUUUAUCCUCGGUGAUAGAAGGAUAUUGCUACUAGCAUGUGCACAAGCCUGCCUUCAUUUUUCUAUUGCAGUUUUCUGGAUUCUUUGGGCCCCAACACUGGUGGCUGAUGGUCGAGAAGUGUAUCUAGGGCUGAUAUAUCCAUGCAUGCUGGGGGCAAGGAUGUUAGGAAGCACGGUGUUUCCCUGGCUUAUUGAUGCUUCAUUUCAGACCGAGGAUUGGUUAACGUACGCAUUUGUCACGCAGGCUUUUCUUUUGUCAAUUAUAGCUUAUGAUUAUCAGGACAUUGGAGUUCUGGUGACACAGUUUUCUUUAUUCCAUGCCUGCAUUGGCCUAAUUCUGCCUUCACUUGCAAGAUUGAGGACAAUGUAUGUGCCAAAUGAGUUGCGUGGAGGAAUGAUAAGCCUUUCAAUGGCUCCUGCAAAUGCAGCAAUUUUGUUUCUUCUAAUGCAGAGAGGAUAUUAUAGGACCAUCGAGAACUCAACAAUGAUAGCCUUAGCUGCGGUUGGAUUAUUCAUAGCGGCAGGUUGCAUGUAUGUUUUGAAGCGGUGCGGAAAGCAACCUUAUCAAAACAGGCGCAAAUUAUGAUUCGUUCAUUUCCCAUUUUUUGACAGCAUCGAUGGUUUUCCUGGAGUCGGUCAUUAAUCACUGAUUGAACCGAAGGAUUAAACAAGAAUUACCAUCGACCUUCAAAUUACUACUUGUAUGAUACUUAAUUCCAAGUUGCAAGGAUUAACUAAGUUAUUGUGAUAACCUCCCCAAGAUGUCGACCUGAGAAAUGCAAGCGAAGAGAUGUCAGCUGCUAACAAUGGCCCUUGAAUAGCAUUGCAAGUUUUAUCCAAUAAAAUACAAAAUACAUGGUUCUGCUCUGCAAGUUCGCUAGGAGGAUGCCGCAGGUUUAAAGGUGAAAUAGUGCAGCAGUUGACUUCUGAUUGUUAAGAAAGUUGCUAUUUUAUAUAGGAAUCUAUAUUAAUAGAGCUGCAAAAGCCUGGGGCUUGAAAUAUUCAUCGAGAGAAUCAUAACUAGUCUGAGACUGGAUUUUAUCUGUUUGUUUAGAAUAAGGAGAAUAGAUCUCUUGCCUUGUGUUGAUGGCCGAC